AUGGAUACUUUCCAUAUACCGGUUGGUGAAAUGACGAUAACUCCAAAUGAUGCGCAGUUGAUUAGCGGCCUAAGCAUGGCAGGUAAAGCCGUGAGGGGGAAAGACUACGUGAAUGAGCUUGAGUGGCACAAGAUUUACGCGUUCACCAAGAAUGUGUUUGGUUGGGAUGAGGAUAAGACCAAGUCAGAGAUGCUGGUGGGUCAAGCAAAGCAGAGGAUGUUCCAUCUCGAGAGCUUGAGGGACCAAUUCAUGGGAACAAAAAAACUCUGUGAUCAAGGAAAAGAGGUGACUACGGAACGUAUCACUGCUACAACCCAUUUGUAUCUCCUGUACGUCUUGGGAAUUGUUAUUUUCCCUGACAUUUCCGAUGCCGGUGUGAAGGCCAACUAUAUUAAGCUAUUGGACCUAAUUCACAAAAUGGCCAACUACUCUUGGGGAUCUGCUAUCCUUGAAAACUUAUUGAACGAGUUGAGAAAGUAUUCUAGGCAUGAACCAGCGGAGGGAAUAUGUGUCUUGUGCAGGUGA